AUGCAGCGUUCCCAGCGCGUUCUGCCGCGCGUGUACUUGUACAAUGUGAGAUAUGAUGCGUCCAAAAAUGAAAUCCGACGCCUGGUCUUGGAGUAUACUGGAGUUAACCGUGCUCUGAAGGAUAUUCAAGUGGUGAGAAUGGAUGAUGGUCCGUCUACGCCUCUUCACUGUAGCUGCUUCUUGAAGAUCGACAAUGCUGAAGAUGUGGACUGGGUGAUCCAGAAGUUGGAUCGCCAGUAUGAUCGGUACAUGUGCACGGGGCGAGACAAGCCUUUGCGUGCGGAGUAUGAAGAUUUCUUCAGGAGAAGCCGCUGGGAGGAGCCACCGAAUCCAGCCCAUCUCCAGCAGCCAGUAACUCCAGAUCGAAUGCCAGGGCGACCACCUGCUGCUGCUCCAGAUGUUUCUGCUGUACCUCCUACAUGGUUUCCCCAGCCUCAAGCGCAGGUCUGGCAAUCGGCAGGACAGCCGUUCAAUCAGUGGUGUCAGCAAGGUGCAGUCCUUAACCAGAUGGAGCAGUCCAAUGGAUAUGCUCAGGCAACAGUGAUGCAUGGGUGGCAGCCUCCUCAAUGGAGCCAGGCCAGUGGCAUGCAGCAGGCAGGGAUCCCGACACUGAACCAGAGGAUGGCAUGCUCAGUGGAGCCUAUGCUGGUCAGAGCUUCCACUGUCGGAACUGUUCCCCAGGCAGACUAUGCCACCAAUCAAUGGCAACAGUCUACGAUGCAAACGACAGAACGAACGAUUGCAGAGGACGAUGUUGCGUUGAACCAACGCCUUGAUGCACUUACCCCAGAAGAGUCUGGUCCACAUGAAUUUCUUGAAGCUAAACAAGAACAAGGUACAGACGAUAUCUGGGAGUAUGAUUUACCAGAUGACACUCCAGCAGAUGCUCAAAUCAUCGAGGAAGGCAGCACAGAGGAAGACAUGAUGUCUCCUGCAGAUAGCUUGGACAUCAAUGACGACGACUUGGCAACUGAUCUGUACCAGAACUUCACUGAUGGAGAUCCAUAUGCAGUGAACUUCACUGCAGAGACUGCAGAUGAAGCAACAGAUGUAGCUGCAAAGAAUCUCAGUGAUUCCUCUUCAGAUGGAGAGGAGGCAGAAACCGUACAUUCCUCGCAGCCGGAUGAAACUCCGCAGAAGGGACCAGACAAGACGUCUACACAAGGAUCUCCGAGAACUUCCCCGAGACUCUCCACACCUAUGAAAAGACCCAGUUCUCGUGCCAUUCCCAAGACGCCGACUAAGCCUAAGGCAGCCAGCAAGUCCAAAGCCUCGGUUGCCGCUGCAAAGGCCAAAUCAAAGGGCAAAGGAGUCACAAAGCAGAACAUGAAGAGGCCAGCUUCGUCUUUGAAGUCGAAAGGAGUGGAAUGUGGCAAGGAUGGCAAGGAAACGUCGUCCGGAUCGAAGAUGAAGAGGCCAGCCGCAGCUGAGAGCACGUCCUGGAAGUCGGGAAUUGUUCGUGCCAAAGAGGACACAGGAAGUGAAGAUGAAGAACCUGAGGAAGAAGGUGAAACUUUCUCUCCUGACCCAGAAGUCGAGGUACAGGAUGGUGGUGAAGCCCGUGACCGAUCCAAGAUGCAGAAGUUCCAGGGUAUGCUUGCGACCAAUUCCUUGCCUGCUUUCCUGGCCGCAGAAUGGGAAAGAACCUUGACCCUGAAGGUUGGCAAGCGAGAGCGCCAGAGCGCCUUGGUUAAUGCAUUGUUCGAUCGGAAUGCCGCAGGGAAACUCAUCAUGAACACCCAGAAGCCGAUUUUCCAAUCGCUUCAUGAAGAGUAUCAAGACACGAAGACGAAAAAGGCCUUCAAGACACUUCCCAAGGUCUUGUUCUGCGGGAAAUUCAAUUUGUCACCUGAGGCGCUGGAGCAAGGCCUUAGAGAAGGGCAAUUUGUCGAGGUGGAAGGACCUUCGGGGGCCGAAUAUGGAUGGCGAACAAGUACUCAUGCUGACAUCAAAGGUUCCAAGUCUGCCACUGGAUACAAGCAGUCCGAAGAAGGCACUGCUGACAUGAUGCAGAAGUACCAUGAGAUGAGCAAAGCUUGGAAGAGCGGCAUUUCCAGGCCUGCUGUGUCCGCAGGAAGCUCGCAGAGGCAGCCGUUAGCCAUUUGCGACGAGAAUUCGUUGACUUCGGAAGAGUGGGAAGUGGCUAGCAAACAGCUGCAGCAAGCUCUUGCUGCAAUGGAGCAGCAGGAGAAGAACGCUUUGAAGUACAUGAGCCAGUUGGAAGAUGGUGAAGAAGAUCCUCUCUAUGACGUGGUGAGACUCGACAUACGUUCCAUAUGUUUCUUUCACUUUCUUUUAACCACAAUAGUUGAACAACACCUACAUAUAGAGGUUAACAUAGUCUCGAGCCUCGACUUCUCCUCAUACGGAGGAAAUCUUCCAUUCGCGAGAUCCGUCUCAUGA